UGCUGGAGCAUCAGAUUGAGCCUGUUGCCUUACGACAAAGGGAGAGGAUGGAAAGUGCUGGAGACACAAAGAUGUUCCUGGAGCUCACAGAUGGGCUGGAUUUGUUCUCAUCUCUGUUUCCUCCUCUGUCUCCUUCCCCUGAGCCAGAGACCCCUCUUCUGCCGUCCUUUUUGGAAGCACCAAAGAGUUCCGGCCUGUCCUCACUGCGUUACAAGACCGAGCUGUGCAGCAGAUAUGCAGAAAGUGGCUUCUGCGCCUACAGGAACCGUUGCCAGUUUGCUCAUGGUCUGAGUGAGCUCCGUCCUCCAAUCCAGCAUCCCAAGUACAAGACUGAACUGUGCCGCUCUUUCCAUGUUCUUGGAACCUGCAACUAUGGCCUAAGAUGUCUCUUCAUCCAUAGCCCUCAGGAGCGCCGAGAGCUGCCCUCCUCCCCUGAUGCGCUGCGGCUGCCUACACGUCGCAAUUCAGCCCCAUACAGCAAGGAGCGUUGCCGUCUAUGGCGGUCACCGGGUGGAUGUCCUUAUGGAGCACGCUGUCAUUUCCAGCACCCUAAAAGUGGCAGAGAGCCUUGUCGCCACUUUGCUGCUCUUGGCGAUUGCCCAUAUGGUGCACGUUGCCACUUCUCUCACAGCCCCCCUCUUGACCGCUGGGGGACAGUAGGAGAAGGUAGUGGCUCCCUUUCUCCUACAGAUCCUGAUAGCGAAUCUGGGACCCCUCUGCUUUCCGAAUCGCCUGCAAACAAUGCUUUUAGUUUCGCCAGCCUCCUGUUGCCGCUUUCCUUGCGCCUACAGAUCCUUGGGGAAGGAGGGGAUUUUCCUGGUGCUGCAGAUUCAAUCUUUUCUGAAGAUGAGAAUUCCCAAGGACUAUGACACCCUGUGGGAACUGACGCCUUCUCUGGCUUAUACAGGAUUACAUGACAGAAUCUGUCACCCUGUUCCACACUACAGGCCGGCAGAGAAGUUAACUUGUUUUAUUUACGGCCUAUGUGGCUGCUGUGUAUAUAAAUGGUUUUUUAAGUUAUUUCUAACCUUUCUGAGAUAUAUUAUUUUAAUAUUGCUAAUUUGACUGAGUCUUGGCUUUUAUGGUACAAUAUAUCUUUUUAUCUAAUUAAAAUGAAUUUUAUUACAA